AUGUCAAGCGCGUACUCUCUUGAAAAAUUAGUUAGCGCAGAGCCUGGAGUAUUAAUUGACAACAAGAUUAUUAUCUUCGAUAGUUACGACUUUCCAAAUGCUACUACUGCAUUUUCCUUGGAUCUUUCUAAAGAUUGGACAACAUUUACACCAGAAUUCACAGAGAUCGGUAAUUUAGUUUCUGCACCGCUGUUUUUCUUAACAGCUUUUAGCGCACAGAAAAAAGAUAGUCACUCAGUAAUAUAUGCUUUUGGUGGGAGGAUUCCAAUAAACGGAAAUUUUUCGGAUUACACUUACACAAAAGACUUCUAUGAAAUUGAUGUCAACACUUCGUCCUUUUCAUUUUCGCCUCUGAAUUCUUUACCUCAAGCUCGAAGCUCCAUGUCUUCAGUCAGUGAUGACAAAGGAAAACUUUAUAUAUGGGGUGGAUAUACUCAUUAUAUAGAUAAAACUAUGUAUAUAUUUGAUACUUUUGAUUCAACUUGGAAACAAAUUCCAGAUCAAAGACAAGCUUAUUCUUCGACAUUUAAUGAUGGUAAAAUUUAUUAUAUUGGAGGCGCCUAUCGAAAUGACAAAGUCGUUGAUAUUCGAGAAAUAUUGAUUUAUGAUACGCUCAAUAAUACUUUUCCGUGGUCUUCAAAAAUGGCAACAAAUAAAACAACGAUUAGUAACCGUAUUUUUCAUUCAGCAGUUCUUGCUCCUGAUAAUAGAAGUAUUAUUAUAUUUGGUGGCAGAAAAAAUUUCGCAUAUUCAACAAGUAGAUCAAUAGAUGUUAAUUUAUACGAUUACUUGAUUACUUUAAAUCUUGAAACAUUUGAAUUGUCCGAGCUUAAAACUCUAAGCAAACCUAGCAUUUAUGAUAUACCAACAUGUCAUACGGCUAUUAUAUAUAAUAAUUUCAUGAUCGUAGCUCUCGGAUCACUUGUUUUUGUGGCAAUUGUGAUAUGCUUUAUAUUUAUUUAUCGUAAAAAACAUAGAAAUGAACAAUUUGCUAUCAAUAAUAACAGUAAUAUAUUGCAAACUCAACCAAAUACAGCGUUUGGUUACACUUACGCUCACAAUGAUCCUACAACUAGUUAUGUUUCUUCUUUAGCGUUCAAGCCUUCAUCACAGUCUCUUUAA